GGUAUGUACUACCUCUCUGUGGCACAACCCCAGUUUGACUGGGACUGAAAAGUGGUCAAACACACUUUGCCAGGUGGAGGGACCGCGAGAUUACAUAAGUUCAAAACUAGUAGUCUGAUUGAGUCCUAUGGGUGCAUGUGUGCGGCCACGUUCUACAAUUAUUACAAGCAAAAUCAGUUGGAGGGUAUGUACUUAGUUUAUGUCUCUGCUGCAGGCGAGCCGGUGAAAAUGCCGUCGGAGACAGAGGGAGUAGUUGCCAAUUACUCUGAUCUAUUUGAAGAGCCGAUAGGGGUUGUAGAGAGGGAGGUCGUCCACGAGAUAGAGAUUAUGCUAGGGUCUAGUAUCCCGAAAGGUAGGAUCUAUCGGAUGUCUCCAGGCGAGCUUGAUGAGCUUCGCCGACAACUCGAGGAACUCAUAGAGAAGGGUUGUAUCCGGUCGAGUGUCUCUCCUUAUGGGUCUCUAGUUUUAUUCGUACCUAAGAAGAAGGAUGAUACUCUUAGGAUGUGCAUUGACUAUAGGGGCCUCAAUGCCAUCACUGUAAAGAAGAAAAAGCCCCUACAGCGCAUCGAUGAUCUGUUAGAUAGAGUGCAAGGGUGUCGGUACUUCAGUAAGAUAGAUAUGAAGUCCGGGUACCAUCAGAUUGCAAUCCAGCCCGAGGAUCAGCACAAAACUGCUUUCCAGACCAGGUACGGUCUGUACGAGUUUGUGGUGAUGCCUUUUGGCCUUUGCAAUGCUCCUGGCACCUUUCAGCACGUUAUGAAUCGGAUAUUCCAUGACUACUUGGAUAAGUUUGUCAUCGUGUACCUCGAUGACAUACUUAUUUUUAGUAAGACUGUCGAGGAGCACAUUGCACAUUUGGACAAAGUCCUCAGCCUCCUGCGACAGCACAAGUUCAAGAUCAACGGUGAGAAGUGCGAGUUUGGCCGCACCCGUGUCUUGUACUUGGGUCAUGAGAUCUCCGCGGAAGGGUUGAAGCCGGAUGACGCGAAGGUGACCAKCAUUCGUGAUUGGCCACGUCCUCAGUCUGUGACAGAGAUGAGAUCUUUGUUAGGAAUGACAGGCUACUAUAGGACUUUCGUUAAGAACUAUAGUAUAGUGGCCGCUCCUUUGACUGAUCUGACGCGCCUUGACACCCCAUGGGAGUGGACAGACGAGUGCGAGGCUGCUUUCAGACAUCUGAAGCAUGCGUUGAUGCACUAGGAGGUCUUGAAACUUCCUGAUCCUGAUAAGCCAUUUAUAGUCACCACGGAUGCUAGCCAAUAUGGCAUU